AGAAGAACAAUAAAACCUUCAAAAUAAAAAAAAUAAUAAUAAAAAAAAAAGUUUUAUCUGUUCUUCUUCUUCUUCUUUGGGCAUUGAAAUGGGCAUUGAAACAGUUCAGAAUGACGUCAUUUUCCGGUCAAAACUACCGGACAUCUACAUUCCAAAGCACCUUCCUCUGCAUUCCUACUGCCUACACGAAAACGCCGCCAAAAUCGGCGACCGGACUUGUCUAAUCAACGGCGUCACCGGCGAAUCCUUCACCUACAACGAUGUCGAUCUCUCCGCUCGCAAAGUCGCCGCCGGACUAAACAAACUCGGAAUUACAAAAAGCGAUGUAAUUAUGCUCCUCCUCCCAAAUUCGCCGGAAUUCGUCUUCACUUUUCUCGGUGCCUCAUACCUCGGCGCAAUUAUGACGGCGGCGAAUCCUUUCUUCACAGCACAAGAAAUCGCAAAGCAAGCAAAAGGAUCGAAAGCGAAAUUGAUCCUAACACACUCAUCAUAUUACGAAAAAGUAAAGGAAAUAACAGAGGAAUUACCUGACGUCAAAAUCAUGACCGUCGAUUCUCCACCGGACGGUUGUUUAUGGUUCGGCGAUCUAAUUAAAGCCGACGAACGAGAUAUUCCGACGGUAGAGAUCGAUCCAGACGACGUCGUUGCGCUGCCGUAUUCCUCUGGAACUACCGGAUUACCGAAAGGAGUGAUGCUCACACAUAAAAGUUUGGUUACGAGUGUGGCUCAGCAAGUGGAUGGUGAAAAUCCGAAUCUGUAUUAUCGAAAUGAGGAUGUGAUUCUGUGCGUUUUACCGUUGUUUCAUAUUUAUUCGCUUAAUUCGGUUUUGCUCUGUGGAUUACGAGCUGGAACUACGAUUUUGAUUAUGCCGAAAUUUGAGAUCGGUUUGCUUUUACAAUUGGUGGAGAAAUAUAGAGUGUCGAUUGCGCCGAUUGUCCCACCGAUUGUUUUGGCAAUUGCGAAGUCGCCGGAGCUUGAGAAGUAUGAUCUUUCGUCGAUCAGAGUGAUUAAAUGCGGCGGCGCUCCGCUUGGGAAGGAGCUUGAAGAUACCGUGAGAGCUAAGUUUCCUAAGGCUGUGCUCGGCCAGGGGUACGGAAUGACGGAGGCGGGUCCAGUACUAACAAUGGGUUUAGCAUUUGCAAAGGAGCCAUUUCCGAUGAAACCAGGCGCCUGCGGCACCGUCGUCAGAAACGCCGAGAUGAAGAUCGUCGACACCGAAACCGGCAGCUCAUUGCCUCGAAACACGCCGGGAGAGAUCUGCAUCAGAGGCGAUCAAAUCAUGAAAGGGUAUCUCAACAAUCCGGAGGCGACGGCGGCCACAAUCGACAAGGACGGCUGGUUGCACACCGGCGAUAUCGGAUUCAUCGACGACGAAGACGAGCUCUUCAUUGUGGAUCGGUUGAAGGAACUGAUAAAGUACAAGGGAUUUCAAGUGGCUCCGGCGGAACUGGAAGCUCUGUUGCUGACUCAUCCGGUGAUCUCUGAUGCCGCCGUCGUACCAAUGAAAGAUGAACAAGCUGGAGAGGUUCCCGUUGCGUUCGUUGUGAAAUUGAAGAAUUCUGAAGUAACUGAGGAUGAAAUUAAACAAUUUGUUUCAAAACAGGUGGUUUUCUACAAGAGAAUCAACCGGGUGUUUUUCAUAGAUGCAAUUCCCAAAUCGCCCUCGGGCAAGAUCUUGAGGAAGGACUUGAGGGCAAAGUUGGCAGCUGCUUUUCCAAAUUCUAAUUAAUUAAUUUCUUUUUUCUCUUUUGCAAUUUCACCCCCACACCAAAUGAUAAUGCAAGUUUAUUUUAUUUUAUUUUUAUUUUCCCUCCCUUUCUCUCGUUAUUACUUUCUUUUUUUAAAAAAGAAAAAGUUGUAUUUUAUAUGGAAAAUUGUUGUACUUGUAUGAACUACCUAAAGCUCUCUACAUCUUUUCAUAUAAAUGAAGAAACUGAUUUCCAGUUUCGACUCA